AUGAAACUCAUUUCAGAAUGUAACACUAUCAAAAGGAGUGGCGGCUGUGACAAGAUUUUUUCUUGCAUCAACCCGCUGAACAAUUUAGACCCAGAAGACUUCAAAUAUUUCGGCAAUGCUGCAUUCUAUGAUCAGUUCUGUCAGAAAAGCCAGACGUUCAGUAGCUGCUUCAGGGACGCCAGAGACGAGUGCGACCAUCAAUGGGUACUCAACAACUACGAGAGCAUGGUCGGUGUGGCUGAUUUUCUGUGCACUGAUGAAAGCAGAGAUGACGUUUCCUUCCUGAUCAACUUGGAAUGUGCCAGUAGUGAGCUAAAAAUAGUUGAGUUAAUGCAGGGUUUUGAAGGCUGCCGCUUCAUCUUUGACAAGGAGAUGAAUCUCGAUUUUUGUCCAUUGAUGGAUCAGUUUUCCGGUUGCCUGGUCAACAAAGCCACAGAAAAUUGCGGAAGUCGGGCCGGCGGUUUCGUUAGCCGCCUGUUUAAUGUGGCGGCUGCAGCAGAGCUUGGCGAGUUGGGUUGUGGCGCCCAGGCGAGGAAUGCGCGUCGCAACAUUGAUACCAUCGUUCCAUUACUGGCUAAGGCAGCCAAACUUAGACGUUGAACAACUGAUCCGGCAAUGUUCUAAAGUUUCUAUUUUACACGCA